AGGGAGUCGCUGCCUGCUUCCUGAUUAUUUUUAUGCUAUUUCAGCUCAAGGAAAAUUUUAAACCAGUGUUGUCUGUCAGUUUUUAAUUGAAGAUUUAAUUAGACAUACAGUAUUGUUAAAAAGGAUUUUUGAAAGAAGCUAUUUUAUGCUCACAAAGGCGGAGUUUAUUUCAUCAAAUACAGUAAAACAAUAUUCUGAAAUACUGCCAUUUAAAAAAAAAAAAAAAACUGUUUUAUUAUAAUAUAUUCGCAAAUGUAAUUUUUCCCUGUUAUGGCAAAUCUUUUUCAGCAGCCAUUACUUCAGUCUUCAGUGUCACACGAUCUUUCAGAAAUCAUUCUAAUAUGCUGAUUCAAGAAACGUGAUUCAUUUUUUCAGGUUUAUUUGAUGAAUAGAAUAGAAAAGUAAAAGAAAAACAGCAUUUACUUGAAAUGGAAAUCUACAACAAAAGAAAAGUCUUACCGACUUAGAAAAUAUAGCAGUCACCAUUUGAAGAGGAUCACAAAAGACAAGAACUUUGAUGAAAGGUUUUGAUCUACUUCCAAUGUUGACUACUGUAGAUGCCUGUGAGUGUUGCCACCAAAUUAACUAUCUAGGGAAGCACUUUUUAAUUUUUUAUAUUUGCUGCUUAAAACACAAGAAAAAUUUGUCUAACAGUCAUAUUGUGUCUAACAGUGAAUACAUUUUAAGUAGCUCGGUCUUCAUUUCAGCGACUUCAAGCAAACCACAAUCACACUACUGCUUAAUGAGCUUCCUGUGGAAGAGUUGCUAAGAGAAUGUGUCUGUAAAAAGAGACAUAAAUGUGAAUGAGAAGAUGAUUUCCCUUUCCCUUUGCAUUUCAAAAAUGCACUGUUUGUAAUAAUUUCUCCAAAUACUCCCAACACCCUGCAUGAGAGCCUGAUAUGCGCCGGUCAUUAGUUGUGUAAUAUACAAUGCGUAAAUAUCCGCAUUCAAGUUGUUAUAUGACUGGCCUUUUUGAUCUCUCCUUAAGUAAUAUUCUAGUUGUCUUGCCUUUUCUCUCCACAUAGUGGAGCUAUAGGCUUUGAGUGAUUUUGAUGGUGGCCAAAUGCUCUCCUCAUCUCACGUAAUGCAUGCAUACACACGCUGUACACCUGGAACAUUUCCACUCAUCCAUUUAUUAAUAACACAUGAGCUUUAAUGCUUAAUGGGCUGCUCAGUGGGUGUCUGGCCACAAAUGGGUUUACACCUCUAUUGAGUGUGUUUGUGUAUUAUUCAUGUACGUUUAGUUGUAGUAGAGGUAAAGAGCCACUGCUGUUCUAAAUGACUUAUUAAAUGGGCUUUGUCACUUUUUUAAAACGAUCUUAAUGAUCCCUUUUUAAUUGAAUUAUCCUAUUGAGAAAGUUCAGUGUAGUGUGUUGUCACGUUGUGCUUUCAUUAGUUUAAAGUGAUAAUCAUUUAUAUUCUGUAAUCAUUUACUCGCUUUGUUCCUAACCUGUACGAUUUGCUUUCUUCUGUGGAUCACAAAAGAAGAUUUGUUAAACAGAAAAAUUGUAUGAACAAUCCCUAUAAGAAGCAAAACCAGUUGCACUAAAGCCUUGAUGACAAUUAAUUGCUUACUACACAGUAAACAGCCAAGGCUACUCAUUUUAAGCAUUUUUUUUUCUUUUCCUCUCUGGCUGCCUCCUCCAUUUUCUCUCCCUGCUCUGAAAUGGCUGUGAAAUUUCCCACUUGGGCAAGACUGUUGUCUGUUUUGGCUUAAUGUAGGAAAUUGACUCAUUUUGUGGCAUUGAUUUCCUCUCUGCUACAUAGAGGAGAUCGCUGGCAGAGCAAACCUGAGAGUGGUCGAUAGCCCUUCAGAGAGCCGGAUAUGUGUGCCUUUGGAGAGAGAGAGUGCUCGUGUGUCAUUGUUUGUUUCCCCCAUUUUAAUUCUCACAGCCUUCGUCUGUAUAACUACAGCAGGAAUCUAUGGUGGCCUUUUACUUUCCUCUAUAGGUGUUCCUGGUGUAGCUGUUGUGUUUGCAAAUGUCACUUGAUUUGUGUUAUCUGUCAGUGGCCGUCUGGCUUCAGUAGAAUUCAGAGGCCACUAGUUCAAUGCCACUAGCUUCUCCUUUGAUUUACUGAACUGGUAGGGUUUUACUCCAAAUACGAGCUCAGUCCAAGUAUCUUAGUUCUUUCUGUAUUUGUGUGGUCACGACUGAUUUUAUGGAUUGAAUGGAAGGGACACACUUUUGAAAAUGUUUAAUUUUUUUAAAAUUUUUAAAUAAAAGGGUGGUUAAAUCAUGAGUAAUCAAAAUUGACUUGAUCUUCUGGGAUGAAGAAUGGUCUUAUGACAGAGGCAUAUUUUCUGUCCAUACAGUGAAAGUAAUGGUAACUAAGACUGUUUAACAGUUACCAACUUUUGUGUUCAGCAGAAGAAUGAGUGUCAUACAGGUUUGAACCAACAUAAGGAUGAAGAAAUGAUGACAGAAUUUUAUUUUUGCUUGAGCUGUCCGUUUAAUUGAUGUGCAUCUAAUAAGGCUUUAUUGACUGCGUUCUCUUUGGGUUCAGGAGAUCAGUGCUUGUCCUUUCCAUGCAUACUUCCACAGUAAGCAUCACUUAGCCUGUAUACAGGAAAGUCAGCCUCCACAGCCUCAGUUCUGGGAACUCAUUAUCAGGUAAACACCUUUCUGUGAUUCUGAGGUAAUUAAAGGAUCAAUAAAACAUGUAAGGUUUGUCUCAUCAACUCUGCUUCACCUGCACUGAUGCUUGUUUUGGGUCAAUAUCACCCACGGUUUAUUUCUGGUGGAAAUUGUGUGUUGGGAGAGAGAGGAGGAAUCUUUCCUUCCUAUUAUUAGUUGGGUGUAAUUCACUUACUGACCAGGUGGUGUCAACACUGUAUUUCCUUCUUUUUUCCCCCAAAUUGAUUUGUAUUUUUUAUUAUAUUUCCAUAUUUCUAAACAGUUACCCCAUCAAGAAAUACUCACAUGCACCAUCACUGUGAAACUUUAUAUAUUGUAUACAAAGUAAUGUUAAAGGUAUAUAUCUGCUACAAGCUGUGAAUAUUUUCGUAACAUUUAUAAAAUAAAUUUUUUUGUUAUUUACCAAUGUAUAACAUUUCAAACACAAGCGCAUAAUCCUGUAGGUUGGUGUGCUAGAGGAAUGUAGCACAGUCCUGUUAGAGGACAGCAGUGUUUACUCUGACAAUUCAGCUCCGCUCACAAAAUUACUCGGACAUACAGAAUGCCACCCUAGACUAAGAAACCGAGAAGAGCUACAGAACGAACUGAAUUUAUCAUUUACUAGUUUUAAACUAAAUUAAAAGAGCCAAAAUCUACUUUAGUGGGAAACAGGACCUUCAUGCUGCUAGAUGGAUUAUAACAGCAAGCAUUCUCUGUUAAUCCGGCUUGGUUUAAAUUGAACAUCAACAUAAGGAGUCACCAAAAGGUUAGUCAACGGACAAGCAAUUUGGUUGCAAUUAUGGAUGCGCUGGUGCUUUGCUUCUGCUUGGCGCUAGGACUAAUACACACUACAGAGGGAAAGGUUCUCAGACGGGGCAGAGUUCCCCCACAUAUUGUUUUUGUGAUGGUGGAUGACCAAGGCUACAAUGACAUUGGGUACCAUGGCUCGGAGAUCUACACACCCGUGUUGGACCAGCUGGCUGGCGAAGGGGUGAAGCUGGAAAACUACUAUGUUCAGCCCAUCUGUUCCCCCUCACGCAGCCAGCUUAUGACUGGACGGUAUCAGAUUCACACUGGGCUUCAACACUCGAUCAUCCGUGCACGGCAGCCCCUCUGUUUGCCCCCCAACAUACCGACGCUCCCCGAGAGGCUCCGGCAGGCUGGUUACAGCACUCACAUGGUAGGGAAAUGGCACCUGGGUUUUUGCCGGCCCGAGUGUCUGCCAACGAGCCGUGGCUUUCAAAGCUUCCUUGGAUCGCUUACGGGCAGUGGAGACCAUUUUAGCUUCCAAAGCUGUGACGGUACAGAGGCCUGUGGGUUCGACCUGCAUGAUGGAGAACGGCCGGCCUGGGAGCUGAGUGGGAAUUACUCAACGAGGCUUUACACUGAGAGAGUGAAAGAAAUCCUGAGAGGUCAUGACCAGAAGACACCCCUGUUUCUAUACGUGGCCCUCCAGGCUGUGCACACACCAUUACAAGCUCCUGGGCAUCUUCUCAGACGCUACCAGACCCUUGGCAACAGACCUCGGCGCCACUAUGCCGCAAUGGUGAGCGGCGUAGACGAGUCAGUAGGGGAGAUCGUCAGUGAGCUGCGGGAGCGAGGCUACUACAACAACUCUGUGCUCAUCUACUCUUCAGACAACGGGGGCCAACCUCUCUCGGGGGGUUGUAAUUGGCCCCUGCGUGGCGGCAAAGGCUCCUACUGGGAAGGUGGAGUUCGAGCAGUUGGUUUUGUACACAGCCCACUGUUGAAAAGGAAGGGGGUGGUGAGUCAGGCUCUGAUUCACGUCUCCGAUUGGUACCCAACCCUGCUGUCUCUUGCAGGAUACAGAGAAUCUGAUUCCAGCCACCUGGACGGCCAAGAUGUUUGGGAUGCAAUAAGCAGCGGCCUGCCCUGUCCACGAACUGAAAUCCUCUUCAACAUUGACCCAGUGUCACGCAAGCAUGGAGAAGUCGACCCGAGACUCCUAGAUCUUAAUGGUUUUGGGAUCUGGGAUACAGGAGUGCGUGCAGCCAUUCGAGCUGGUGACUGGAAACUUCUGACAGGGAACGUAGGCGACGGAGACUGGUUUCCUCCGCAGACGAUGCCGGGAGGUCCGCAGCAGUGGCAGGGCAUGGAAAAGAGACGAGACCAGCGAGGGAAGUCUGUCUGGCUUUUCAACGUCACUGCAGAUCCCUAUGAGAGGGCGGAUUUGGCAGAGGCACGGCCUGAGGUGGUCAAGGUGCUGUUGACCCGACUUGCCGAGUACAACCGGACUGCUGUGCCUCCACGCAAUCCACCUGACGACCCGAUGGCUGACCCGCAACUUCACGGAGGGGUGUGGACUCCCUGGCUGGGUCAGGAAGAGGCUGGAGAUGAAGGGGAUGACGAAGAACCAGACAACCCCAGCAGAAAGGCCAGAUCCAAGAGUACUUGCAGAGUCUGCAAACUCAGGGCCUUGUUCAAAAAGGUUGGUUCCCGUAUGCAAAGGGCUGCUUUGUUCUUGUAGUCAGAAGAGGACGAUUUGUGACUCUCUGGCUCAGUGUGAAAAUAUAUGCAGUGACAUUGAACUGUUUAUGUCCUUCCUGCAUUAUUAUACGACACUUACCAGUCAUGAGUAUAUUAGACAAGUUCCCGUCUGUAUGAUGCAAUGGAUUUAGCGCAACAGUUCAGAGCACCUACCAUUAAUGGAGCAGUCUGGAUUUGAUCACACGUGAUUCCACGAGCACUUAAUGUAGAUAUCGCUGGAUCUUUAUUAGAUGAUCCAGUUAUUUGAAUACAGAAAAUGAGGCAAGUAGUGGCAUUGAUUUGAUAGAGAAUAAUACAGCACUUAUAUUGUUCUUCACUUGUUCGAGGACCAGUGUUCUCUUAUCCACCCCCUGGUUCACUUUCUCUCAUCUAUCUGUUCUUUCUCCGACAUGCUUCUGCCUUGCACUCCUCCUCACGCCUCUCUCAUUCUCCUACCUUUUACUUUAAUGCUUGUGCUCUAUCCAAAUCUGCUCUGACAUUGCCCACCACAACCAGAAUAACAUACGAUUCUUCAUUGUUUCUGCGCUUUCUCCUCCACCUGUUCCUCGUUCUCUUGCAUUCCUUCUCAGUUUGAGUAGAUCAGGUCAGUGCAGAUGUAGAAGCCAGUAAAAGAGCGAUAAAGUAAGUUCUUUUAUGUAAAACGAGGGCUAUUUGAGGAGGAGGAAGAUCACUCUUGGGUAUGAAGGCUGUGUGCCUUUUAUACGAGACAUUCUUGGCCUGUUCAUCUCCCGGUUUCAAGAGACUUUGCAUUUCACAAGACAUGAUGAAAUGUGCUCUGCAUUCAAUGUAAUGUGUAUUCCAAAAUAGCGUUUUAGAAAUAUUUUGAAUAUUUAAAUUUUACUUCUAUGUGUGUAAAUGGAUUUACUGUAAUGUAAUUAUGUAAUGUAAUAUUUGUGACUGUCUUCUGUCAGCAUUCCUACAAAAUAAUCCAUCCUUUUGAUUUGUUCAAAAUAACACAGUCCUCCAAUAAAAAUGUUCAGUCACGAAUUCUAAAUGAAAAGCUAACCUCUAUCAAGCUGUAAAGAAGUGAUCUGCAUCAAACACAUUCAUAUGAAGCAAUUAAAUGAGGAGAAUGUUUCCUUAAGUCCUACUGUAAGAAACGCUUCAGUUUUGGAAGAUAAGGAAUCUAGAGCAAGGUAAAAGUCAACACACAGUUAAAAGAUAAUGUUAGUACAUAGUUGAGAUAAUGAAAAACAGAUGUUUACCUUAAGAGCUACAGAGCAAGAAUUACCGUGUACUGUUUGUUGGAGACUUUGUUAAAGAUUCAUUAAACCAUGGUUCAAACUGACUGAUCUCCUCCUCCUUUCCAGUGAAUCGUUAUUGCUGAAUAAUAAUGUUCUUUUUACAUAUUAAAUGGAUAGCUGUCCCAAAAAGGAA